AUGUACCUUCUACCGUUGCUGUGGUUUUUUCUGCUUCCACUGUACUAUUUGACAGCUGUAGCAUUGGUCACUGAUCCAGAAAGUUCGACGAAGUCCCUUUGGCAAGCUUCAAAGGAAAAGAAGAGAUUUGUUAUUGAUGAAUACAGGAACACUAAAAUAGCUCCGGAAGCAGAAAAUUUAUCCGGUCAGGAACUUAUCGAUUACGUCAACUCACAUCAAACACUAUGGAAAGCAGGAAUGAAUAAAUUUAAUUUAUAUAGCGAUACUGUGAAAUAUGGUUUGCUUGGUGUAAAUAAUAGAAAAAAAUCCGUGGAGCAUAAGAAGAACCUGUCACCAAUACGACAUUCUAAUAUAUUUAUUCCGGAAUCAUUUGAUGCUCGUAAAAAUUGGCCAGAAUGUGCAUCGCUUAGGAAUAUCCGAGAUCAGUCUUCUUGCGGUUCCUGUUGGGCUGUUGCUGCUGUGGAAGCUAUGUCAGACCGAAUUUGCAUUACGUCGAAGGGUAAGAAACAAGUAAUACUUUCAGCGGAUGAUCUUCUUAGCUGCUGCAAAACUUGUGGUUUCGGCUGUUUUGGUGGUGAACCGAUGGCAGCAUGGAAGUAUUGGGUUUUAAGUGGUAUCGUUACGGGAAGUGAUUAUACGAAUCACAGCGGCUGCCGACCUUACCCAUUCCCCCCGUGCGAACAUCACAGCAAUAAGACGCACUAUGAGCCAUGUAAACAUGACCUUUACCCAACGCCAAAAUGCGACAAGCAGUGUGAUAAAAAUUAUAAAAAGUCAUACAAGGCUGACAAAUAUUACGGGGAACAAGCUUACAAUGUUGAAAACGAUGUAGAAUCGAUCCAGAGAGAAAUCAUGACGUUGGGUCCGGUUGAAGCUUCUUUUGAAGUAUACACUGAUUUCCUGCACUAUACCAGCGGAAUUUACAAGCAUGUAGCGGGGUCUGUGGGUGGUGGACAUGCCGUGAAAAUACUUGGUUGGGGUAUCGAUCAAGGUGUAUCAUACUGGUUGGCAGCUAAUUCGUGGAAUAAUGAUUGGGGAGAAGAUGUAUUUUCCGGUUACUUCCGUAUUCUCCGUGGUGCUGAUGAAUGCGGGAUUGAAUCAGGUAUCGUUGCUGGAAUUCCUAGAAAGGAUGCCAGAUCGAAAGCCCGCUGA